UCCUGUUGAUCCUAGGAUCUUCCCGACAGGCCAAGCAGUUCCAGAGUUAUUCGCACAUUUGUGGGAAGGCUCGCCCUUGAGGUCUCGUCGUAUCCCGCACGUUGCUGUGCCGUUGCUCUCGCCUUUUGGGUCGUUUGUUUCCCUCACUCAGCUCUCGCUGGGGACGGCUCAUUCAUCCAAUUCCGUGUGGUUGUUAUAGAGAUAUGACCGUUUUCGUGUUAGGAGUGCUGCUGCGAUGCUUUUGUGCAUACCUCGUGACUGGGUGGUCAGCCGUUAUCGUUCAGGCGACUCUCCUCUCCCCACCUUUGAGGACUUGAGAUCGUAUCUCAUGCCUUUCUCCGCCAUUCCUCUCGCUUUUUUGACGGUUUGUUCCCCUCGCUUGUCCCUUCCUUUGGAUACCUUUUCCAUCCAGUUCCGCGCAGCCAUCGUCGAGAUAUACCUGUUUUUGUAUUCAGAGGGUGGUAAGGCAACUUUAGGUAUAGCUCUGGAUUGGGUGGUCGAAAUGGCAUGGUUCCCUUUUCUGGUGUAUGUCUGCGGGUUCCCUACCAUCUGCCAUAGUUUUGUAUUGGUCCCCCCAGCUGUUGUCACUCGAGGGUCUCCCCUCUCCCUCCCCCAUGUGAUACCUCACCGACACGUACACAAUAGCUCGCCCGUUUCGCCAUCCUACUUUUCACUUUUUCAGAUUAUGGUGCUACUCGACAAGACCUUGUGAACAGUAUAUAGCUUAUGUGCUUUGCUUCUGUUGCUUUCCUUUCUGACUUACAACUACUGUGUUUUUGCCUCGUAGUACGCAUUUUUACAUGCUUAGUCAGCACCAUGUGUGUACAAGUUUUUAUUGCAC